AUGCUGCUGGAGGCGUCAACGUCGUCGCAGCAGCAGCCCGGCGAGGCGCCGCUGUACCCGUACCUGGACGUCCCCGGCGUCCGGUUCGUCCCCACCGACCAGGAGCUCAUCCUCUGCUACCUCCGGAGCAAGCUGCGCGGCGAUCCGCCCCCGACCUCGCUCGUGCGCGACGACGACGUGUACGCGGAGCACCCCGAGUAUCUUACGACGAGGCUGGGCCCGAGCGUGGAGGACUACUGGUACGUGUUCACGCAGAGGAGCCGCAAGUACGCCAAGGGGGGGCGGCCGAGCCGGAGCACGGGCGACACGGGCCGCUGGAAGUCGGUGGGCAAGAACACGCCUGUCACCUACGGGAAGGAGAAGGCGACGAUCGGGUUCAGGAACUCGCUGGCGUACGAGGUGUUCGUCCGCGACGAUGGCGGCGACUCCAAGAAGAAGCGGAUAGAGAAGACGGAGUGGAAGAUGACCGAGUUCGUGGACGUCGACUCCAACAGGCCCGUCUCGUCCGGCUCCAACUUCAUGCUGCUCAACGACUGGGUGCUGUGCAGGAUAACGCGCAAGCCGGAGAAGAAGAAGGGGGAGGAGGAGGAUCCCGGCGCUUCUCCGGCGGACGAGGUGGUGGAGGAGGAGGAGCACGAGCCGUCAUCGAUGAUGCUCGCCGACGAGCCGCUGACGGACACCAGCCCCGACACGUCGCAGCAAGCGCAGGUGACGGCGCCUGCCGGCCUCUUAGGCAACGGCGCCAACUGGUCGGACAGCACCGCCGACAGCCAGGCCGGACGAUCCGGCUCCGGCUCCGACCCCCAAAAGACUGCCGACGACGACCCGUUCGAGUCUCUUGAUCUGGGUCCCUUGCCGAGUGGGAACAGUCGUGACCAUGUCUUCACGAUUGAUCCAUGGGCCUGGAACCUGUAUUAUCCAGAGGGCGCCGAUAUUGAUUCGUCCGGCAGCCGGCUCCGAACGCCCAGCGACCCUGAUCCGAUGGAGAUCCCGUCGGAACCACCUGCUUAUCAUCCUCAGCCUCGGCACGUCGUCACUGAUCUUCCCUCCUCCUCCGCCGGCGGUCUUGAUGAACUCACCAAGGUGAUUCGCAAGAGAAAAGAACACGCCAGGGCGAGCGGCGACGACACCGGGAAGAAGGGCAACGCGGCAGUGAAGAAGAGCUCCGGGCGUGCAAAGCCAGACGGCCAAAACUAAUUCUGUGCAAUGCAUACAUUUG